GUAUUUUUAUUGGACAGUUGAUCAAAAUAAUGGUAUUACUUAAAAAAAUUAUUAGCCGAUUAUUGAUGACCAUCACUUGGUGUCCAUUGAAUUUACAACAAAAUUAUAAUCGAUAUCACUAUCGACAUCGACAACAGUCGUUAAGCAAUAGUUGUCCGCUAAAGUCAUUAAUACAUUCAUUAGGACGACAUGUUUACCUGCUGUCCAGCGAUGAUUUUGAUGAUGAUGACGUGGAUGAUGAUGAUAGUCAGUUAACCAUUGAAGACAUUGCUGACCUAACCUGGUCUAAAGUGGUAUCUGUUUGGCCAUCUUUUUACAACAAGAUGACUGGUGUGGGCACCGGCUGUAUAAUAGAUAUGAACUAUCGGUUUGUUGUGACCAACUGUCACGUAUGUGAAGAUCUCCGGGAUGUUAGGAUCUGUUAUCAUCUGUUUGGUGAUACUGAACUCUGGUGCGAAUCGGCUCGUAUACUAUACGUUGAACCGCAAUACGAUUUGUCAUUAUUGUUGGUCAAUCGUACCGACAGUGACCACAAUUUUACCGAACAGUUUGACUUAUCAGACACCGCUGGGACACUACCUACAGCCGAAUUUGGCCAACAGGUUGUCUGUAUGGGAUAUCCUGAUUCUGUGCCCAUGACUACAGUCGGUUGGGUCUGUUGUCCACUGAGUCUACAGAUAACUGGACGCGAAUCGGACAAUCCAUUUGUACAGCACACCAGUGUUACCAAAGGGGGCUUCUCCGGCGGUCCACUGGUCGAUGAAUUGGGCGAUUUGGUUGGCGUACAUCACAGUGGACUGGCAUCUGGUUUCCGAUUUGCCACUCCUUAUAAUGUAUUGAAAGAGUUUUAUCUAAGAGGUGCCAAGUUUUAUGGGAAACAGUUGAAUAGAAUCAAUGAAUUAAAAUCAAACCAUCAAUUGAUGGCUGACUUAACUGCUGAGCACCGGUAUGUCGAUCGGACACUAUUGGGUGUCGAAAUUUGUUGGUUUAAUUCAUUAUUCGAUGAAGACUAUAAAGAGUAUGCCAACCGAGAGGGUCAUCCAUUCAAUGACAUAGCAAUGGAUGGUAUACUUGUGUGGAGUAUUUUCCGACCCAAUCAUACAAAUCGAGACCUACAUGUGUUUGAUGUUAUCAUUGGCAUCGAUGACCUACUAGUUGUAUCCAUACAUGACUUAAGCCAAGCGCUGACCACCAAUAGUACCAUUAAGUUGUCGAUUAUCAGGGAUGGUAUGGAUGAAGAUAUUUCUGUAACCACAGAACAAAUGCGUGGCUUAUAUAGUAUUCAAUGAAUUUAUUUUAA